GCACAGCGGAACACGAUGCCUUUCCUGCACGGCUUCCGCAGGAUCAUCUUUGAGUAUCAGCCCCUGGUAGACGAGAUCUUGGGGCUGCUGGCGAUACAGGAUGUGGAAAGGCAGAGUGCCCUUGAGAGCCCUGCCUGUCUGGGCAGCGACAGGAGCCAGCUCUCGGCUGUUAGACAAGUCUUGGAGAGGGAGACCCAGUCCCCCUUUUAUCAGGAAGGUGUGAGCUAUGCCCUGCUGAAGGUCACCGAGCUGGGGCUCGUCUCCGCCGCAGAAAUUCUGCUGGAGUUCGGAGCUGACCUCAGCUUUGAAGAUCCAGUCACCUACUACACCCCGCUGCACAUUGCAGUGCUCCGCAACCAGCCGGAUAUGGUGGAGCUCCUGGUAAACCACGGGGCCAACAUCAACCGGAGAGACCGGAUCCAUGAGAGCAGUCCCCUCGAUCUGGCCAGCGAGGAGCCCGAGCGGCUGCCUGGGUGCUCCCAGCAGUCGGCCCUCAUGGGUGCCGAUUGCUCCAUUGCAGGAAAGACAGCGCUGUUGCACGCCCUGGCCAGCAGUGACGGUGUCCAGAUCCGCAACACCGAGAGCAUCCGUCUCCUGUUGGAAGGAGGCGCAGACGUCAGGGCUACCACCAAAGAAGGUGACACCGUCUUCACCUACGUCAUCUUCCUGCUGGGAGAGAUGGUGUGCAGCAACACCGAGGAGGCACAGGUGAUCAAUCGCUUCUGCUUUCGUGUCACGCAGCUGCUGCUGGCCCACGGUGCCAACCCCAGCGAGUGCCCGGCCCCCGAGUCCCUCACUCACCUCUGCUUCAAAAGCUUCAAACGCCACUUCCCGCUGCUGCGUUUCUUGCUGGAGUCAGGUGCUGCCUACAACUGCUCCCUCCAUGGUCCCUCGUGCUGGUCAGGCUUCCACAUCAUCUUUGAGUGCCUAUGCUCGCACCUCAGUGUCUCCGAAGAUGACAGCUUCUCAACAGACCUCAUCCAGAAGGGUCAGACUCUGCUGGAGCUCAUGAUGGCCAGUUCACAAGCCAUCCAGCUGCCCAGCAACUUUGAGGUCAACACCAGCAGCUGUAGGUACCACGGGGAGAAGAUCAGGACUCUCUUCUGUUCUCUGAAGCAGCUGGAGCGCUCCCCGCAGGCAUUGAAACAUCUCUGCAGGGUCUUUAUCCGGCAGCGCCUUAAACCGUGGCCAGUAGAUGUCAAAAUCAAGGCUCUACCUCUUCCAGACAGGCUGAAGUGGUACCUCCUCAUUGACCACACUGCUGCCGGGCACGAGGACCUGAGCCUGACUAAUGCCUCUCCGCCUCCCCCUUCCACGGUCGUGGACCUUGGUCUCCAGUGCCUCCUGCCCAGGAACAAGAACUUGGAGCAGGACUCGGGGUUUUCUUUCCAACUUGCUACUGGAACCUGCAAACUCUGGGCCUGCACCUGGAGGUCGCACGUCCCAGCCUCGCCACAGCUGUCUGGCUCCCCCUUCUAG